UGCCCUUUCCCUAGCGAUUGUUCACCUGUCAGCCACUGUCGCGGCCACGCGGUUCCAUUAUCCGGUGAAGCUCGAUCGUUCACCGUACUGCGCGAGAAUGUCAACACACUCCGAUACGCCGCCGCAGUCCAACAGUUCCAAACUGUACUCACCCCCAUGCCUGAUGGAGGGCAAACCACGUUUUCGUCCAAUCUUUGCAAUCAGCUUGUUCAGCGUCCAUCUGUUUCUCGCCUUCGUGAUCAUUACGGCCGGCACGGUUGCAUCAGUAGCCGGCUGGCCACAGCCCGCGGGCGACACCGAUCGCUCGUCCUCCGUGUACUUCCUCAUCAUCUAUCUGCGCAUCGUGUACUGGCUGGUAACGUACGUGAUCCACGAGCGCAACAAAGCCGAAUUUGUACGGCUGGCCGAGCCGGACUUUGACCACUACCGGGCGCUGGCCGUCUACCGGAAGGCACCGCUGCAGAUCGCAACGCUCUGGAAUGUGAUACUGCUUACGGUGCAGAACCAGGUGCGCUAUCUGUUUCCGUACGAGCGGCCGGACCAUGGUGAGGGUGGCGCUCUGAAUCCCGCCAUCACGCCGCAGGUGUUUGUGGUCGUCGUGUGUGCCCUCGAGCUGCUGGUGCUGCUCUGCUUCUACGUGCCGCUGGUACGCAUCCUGAUCGACAUACGGCGUGGGGAAGGGCACGGUAAGGUGACCGAUCUGCGGUACCGUCGCAUGACCGAUACGGAACUGGCGGAGCAACCGAUCGAGUGGCAGCUGGAACGGCAAGCGGUCCUGAUCAAGCGGCUGCGCGCGGAACGCGAUCGUUUGCAGCGCGAAGCAAAGCUGCUCGGCGUUGAUCUUUGCUGAUGAACUGUUUGAAUGCGUCACGCGUACUUUGUAGUAGCUUUGUGUAUUGCGAUAUAUUGUUGAACGUAUCGUUAGCUAUGUGUUGUCCCCGAUUGGUACGUACCCAAAACGUACGGAU